AUGUUCUCGUCCGUCUGGAUCCUUUCCGCUCUUUGCGCCGUCGUUUUGGCCGCCGAAAAGGCCGCUCCGGCUAAUGUGAGUUCGAAUUUCGCUCAGAGAGUAGAGGAAAGGCAUUUUUAAAUGAAUAAUUUGCAGCCAGAAGUGAAGGAUGCUCCGGCGGGUGCUCACUACGGAGGCAACUACGGAGGACCGUCGUCCUACGCGGCGCCACAAUAUCCCGUCUUCCAAUUCCCGAACUUCGACGUCAACUACUGCUCCGUCCACGCCUCGUUCCCGCUCGUCGGAUUGGACAGAAGACGUUAGUGUAUUUUUCCAUUUUUUCAACACAAAAUGCGAUAAUUCAGACGGGGACCGCCGCCGCGACCGUCGUUCGACGUACGGAGUCGCGAACGAUCAGCCGGCCGCCGGCGCCUACGGAUCCGCUUCGGACCCUUCGUACGACGCGCCCGUCUACGCGCCGCCCACUUUCCUGCCGAGGCCCCGUCCGUUCGACCGUCAGGGAUGCAGAAAUACGGCCAUUUACUCGCACAAAUCGUGCCAAAACUGCUGCCAGGUCGCCUCUCGUGCCAACGGAAACACCUCGGUUAGUUCGGCGCAAAUCAAGGGAAGAAUUAUCGAUUUUUCCGACUUGCUUCUUGGAAGAUUGAUUAUAUAUGGGGGUAAUUUGGAAGCUCGGAUGUUUGCAAAAGUCACUGUUUCAUUGAAAACAUGUUUUGAUAAAUUCAAUUGACUCUUUGGUUCAAUCGUAAAUUUUUUACUGUUAGAAAAAUAGAUCUUUAGAGCUUUGAAAUUGUUGAUGGGGGUACGGUAGUCCGAUUCUUUUGAUUGAAAACUCAAUUCUAUUAGAAAUGUCUAUAAUUUUCAGCCAGUCGUCGGACUCCUUCUGACUUUCGACCCGAAGCUCAGCGCCGACAAGAAGCACCACAAUAAGGACGACCAGCUCAACUCGGUACGUUUUUUUCGAUAAAAUUUUUAUUUAUUUACGUUGACGUGAAAACUCAAAUUUCUCAAAGUUUCUGACGUUUUGGUGCGUCUUCCGCGGAUUUUGCUUUUUCGCCCUCGUCGCCGAUCGCCGCUCUUUUCAUUUUGCGCAUUCUUGACCGUUUUCGGAUAAAACUGGUUUUGAGAAUGAUAAAUCACGUCAAUACAACGAAAACUACCUAAAGGCAACUGAAAUGCACAAAACACGACAUUUGCUAUUUUCAGCCGGACCGUGCCCUCCAAUGCGUGUGCUGCACCUCGAGAAGAGUGUAA